AAGAGGGAGCUGUUACACAGUGGUAUGUAUCUAAAAGUGCGUUUGAGAGAGAGAGGAGAAGGCAGAAGCAAGCUGGUCUGACCAGAAACAGAACUGCCUGUGACAGAUUAAGAGACAAGCAAGGCUUGGAAUCUGAGAGCAAGCAAAGAGAGUGGAAAUUUACAGCUGCCCUGUGCGAGUGUUCAAGUGAUCAUUUUCUGCUAACGUUUUCCGGUGGUAACUGUUACUCUUCAAAGAGAGAGAGAAAGUCAAGAGGGGAUUGUGGAAACUCUUCCCUCUUCGGUGCUUUCGGUAACAGGAGGCACCCUCUAUUAAAUGGAAGAUAAAGCUACUUCAUGUAAAGUGCUUUGAGAGAGAGCUGUCUUCAGCACCUCACCAUGUGUCUACUUUUUGUUGCUUAGACAAGCUUGGGCAUUUCUAUAACAUUUGCAUUCUGUAUUGGAAGAAGAAAUUUCUAUAGAUGAAAAAAAUGCCUUUGUUUAGUAAAUCACACAAAAAUCCAGCAGAAAUUGUGAAAGCUCUAAAAGACAACUUGGCGAUUUUGGAAAAGCAAGACAAAAAAACUGACAAGGCUUCAGAGGAAGUGUCGAAAUCUCUGCAAGCAAUGAAAGAGAUUCUGUGUGGCACAAAUGACAAGGAACCCCCCACAGAAGCUGUGGCCCAGCUCGCACAAGAGCUCUAUAAUAGUGGGCUGCUGGUGACCCUGAUUGCUGACCUACAGCUCAUAGACUUCGAGGGAAAAAAAGAUGUGACCCAGAUAUUUAACAACAUCCUGAGAAGACAGAUAGGUACUCGGAGUCCUACUGUGGAGUACAUUAGCGCUCAUCCUCAUAUUCUGUUUAUGCUCCUCAAAGGAUAUGAAGCCCCACAGAUCGCCUUACGCUGUGGGAUUAUGCUGAGAGAAUGUAUUCGACACGAACCACUUGCCAAAAUCAUCCUCUUUUCUAAUCAGUUCCGAGACUUCUUUAAGUAUGUGGAGUUGUCAACAUUCGAUAUUGCUUCUGAUGCCUUUGCUACUUUUAAGGACUUACUAACCAGACAUAAAGUGUUGGUCGCAGACUUCUUAGAACAAAAUUAUGACACUAUUUUUGAAGACUAUGAGAAAUUGCUGCAGUCUGAGAAUUACGUGACUAAGAGACAAUCUAUAAAGCUGUUAGGUGAGCUGAUCCUGGACCGACACAACUUUGCCAUUAUGACAAAGUACAUCAGCAGGCCAGAGAACCUCAAACUGAUGAUGAACCUCCUUCGAGAUAAAAGUCCCAACAUUCAGUUUGAAGCCUUCCAUGUCUUUAAGGUGUUUGUGGCCAGUCCUCACAAAACACAGCCUAUUGUGGAGAUCCUACUAAAAAAUCAACCCAAACUCAUUGAGUUUCUGAGUAGCUUCCAAAAGGAAAGGACGGACGACGAGCAGUUCAGCGAUGAGAAGAACUACCUGAUUAAACAGAUCCGGGACUUGAAGAAAACCACCCCUUGACAGUCUCAGCCACUCUCCCGCCACAGUCACGGUCUCAUUUGUUCAGUCUGUACAGAAAGUGUUAUUUCAAAAAGUAAUUGUUCUCGGGAAGGCUUCGGAGGAGAUAACCUGGUUCUUCUCAAUUCAUUGUUCAGGGUAGAAGGAAUAUAAACAUUUGAAUGAAAAAAAUGAUUAACCUAGAAUAAUGUAUUCAUUUGAAUCAAGUCUGUGAUGAUUUAUGUGAAAUCAGAGCCAUUGUCUUAGACGUGGAUAAAAACAGCUUUAACCCUUUGUUGACAAAAGGCAGCAGGGCCGUGGGCUUGCAGACCCGAGCCCUGAGUCAUCACAGGCCACCGAGUAGAAAGAAGCCCGAAGGACGGGCAUCCCUGAGCCCUCAAGGUUAUGUUCUCCUUAGAGAACCGGGGGUGGGGGUGAGAGGCGCAAAGCCAUUCCACCCGUCUGCACUUGGACGUACAGAUUUCUUCUUUUUUGUAACAUUAUGUUAGUCCCCAUACAGUACAUCAUUAGUUUUUGACAUACGGAUUUCUCAUGGUGCUGAAAGCUCUGGCGAGACAAGGCCCAUGUUUUCAGUCAUCACAAGUCCUUGUUCCCUGCCCAUCUGCUUUUGACCGUGACUAACUUCCUGGGAAGCGCAGACCUCUCUCUGCUUACAGUCCCACUCAAUGACCUGAGCCCUCUCCGAGCAGUUCUCCUCAGCACCCCACUCCUGGCGUACCCCCUGCACCCACAGCCCGGAUAGCCAGGAACUGGCUUGGCCAAAGUAGGACCGGUCAGCUCAGCAGGGGUCACGGGGACACGGGCCCCGCGGGUAUGACCUGCUCACUUGAGAACUUGGAACAGAUGGUGUAGGACCACAGCUCUAGCAGUAAUAAACACUGUUGUUUCGCUCUGACUCCUGGAGUAUUGGGGAAUAUUUGGAAUAUUUCAUUCCUGUCAUUAUGGGAAAAUUCUUUCAUGGUGAAAGUGUGCUUUAGAGUAGGAAUCAUUGCAUUGGGAUGCCUCACAUGUACAAAACCGUGGGUCCAGAGGGUUAGCCCGCUUUUAUAGACAAGGGAACAUUGCCAUUGGGAGGGCAAAUGAAUAAAUGUGUGAAGAACUUCUCAGAGGACUAAAAUUUAUCUUUUCAGUUUAUUUUCUAAUUAGCUGGCCCUCUAGUUUCCCAUCAAAGCUUUCAUCAAAAACGUAGAAAACCUACAAAUAUAUGGUCUCAAAUAUUCUCUUGCAUACUGGUAUGAGUAAGGGCUUAAUUUGUGUUCUUUAAAAAAGGCAUGGACCAAAAACAACAAAAAAGGCUAUGGUUUGUUUCAGACAUAAA